GGAAAAUGGCGGCCGCCGGGAGGGGUUGGUCCUUGUGCGAGUUAUUGAGGUUUUUUUACUCAUUAUUCUUCCCUGGGCUAAUUGUAUGUGGAACUUUAUGUGUGUGUUUACUCAUUGUGCUUUGGGGAAUCAGACUGCUGCUACAGAGAAAGAAAAAGUCGGCGUCAGCCAGCAAACCUGGGAAAAAUCAAAUGGUGAUAGCAUUUUUCCAUCCGUACUGCAAUGCUGGUGGAGGAGGAGAAAGAGUGCUAUGGUGUGCCUUAAGGGCUCUACAGAAAAAGUAUCCUGAAGCAGUUUACGUGGUUUAUACUGGUGAUGCUAAUGUCAGCAGUCAACAGAUACUGGAAGGUGCUUUCAGAAGAUUUAACAUCAGAUUAACCCGCCCAGUGAAGUUUGUUUUCUUAAGGAAGCGCUACCUUGUGGAAGAUUCGCUCUAUCCUCAUUUCACACUGCUGGGCCAAAGUCUGGGAAGCAUUCUUCUUGGCUGGGAAGCGCUGAUGCAUUGUGUUCCUGAUGUUUUCAUCGAUUCGAUGGGCUAUGCUUUCACACUCCCUCUGUUUAAGUAUUUAGGCGGUUGCCGUGUUGGAAGCUAUGUUCAUUACCCCACCAUCAGCACUGACAUGCUCUCUGUAGUGAAGAACCGGGAUGUCGGAGUUAACAAUGCAGCCUUCGUUACCAGGAAUGCUUUUCUCAGCAAAGUAAAGCUCAUCUACUACUAUUUAUUUGCUUUUACAUAUGGGCUUGUCGGUUCUUGCAGUGAUGUCGUCAUGGUCAAUUCUUCUUGGACACUAAACCAUAUUCUGUCACUGUGGAAGGUUGGGAAUUGCACUAAUGUUGUUUAUCCCCCUUGUGAUGUGCAGACAUUUCUGGACAUUCCCUUACACAAGGAGAAGACAACCUCGGGACAUUUAUUGGUUUCGAUUGGCCAGUUCAGGCCUGAAAAGAAUCAUCCUUUGCAGAUCAGAGCCUUUGCUAAAUUGCUGAAUAAGAAGGAGGCAGAGUCACUUCCUCCACUUAAACUUGUCCUCAUUGGAGGUUGUCGUAACCAAGACGAUGAACUUAGGGUAAAUCAACUGAGAAGGCUUUCUGAGGACCUAGGAGUUCAAGAAGACGUGGAAUUUAAAAUAAACAUUCCAUUUGAUGAACUAAAGAAUUACUUGUCUGAAGCAACAAUUGGUCUGCACACCAUGUGGAACGAGCAUUUUGGGAUUGGAAUUGUUGAGUGCAUGGCAGCUGGCACGAUUGUCCUCGCACACAACUCAGGGGGCCCGAAGCUGGACAUUGUCGUUCCUCACCAGGGCGAGAGCACUGGGUUUCUGGCUGACAGUGAAGAAGGCUAUGCUGAGACUAUGGCCCAUAUUCUUUCCAUGUCUGCGGAGAAGAAGCUGCAGAUCAGAAACAGUGCUCGCGCAUCCGUAAGCAGAUUCUCUGAUCAGGAGUUUGAAGUGACAUUCCUAUCAUCUGUGGAAAAAUUAUUUCAGUAAUGCCACAUCUGUACAAAUUAAAGCUAUUUUAUAUAAAAUAGAUAGAUACCUUCAUAUGUUAAUAUUUUUCUAAACUCAUUCCCUGUUGUAAUAAAGUUAGUCUCAGCAGCAUGUAUAUAGCAAGGUAUUUAUUUCAAUGGAAAAAGGCAAAAUUACCUAAUGGAAAAGGUAACCUAAUAUGGUUUAAAUAUAAAAAUUUUAGAUUAGUGUUUGGUCUCAAAUUCUGAAAAGUAUGGGUCUGAAAGAAAAAAAUUAAAUGAUCUUAAUUUUGGUAUAAUCCAUAUUUUAUUUAUUUUUUAUUUAUUUUUUUAACUUUUUAUUUUUUUAUUUUUUAUAAUAAACUGCAUAUAUUUAGAGUGUACAAUUUGGUAUCCCAAUCUCCCAAUUCAUCCUCCCCCAACCCUCCCCGCUUUCCCCACUUGGUGUCCAUAUGUUUGUUCUCUACAUCUGGGUCUCUAUUUCUGCCUUGCAAACCGGUUGAUCUGUACUAUUUUUCUAUAGUCCACAUAUAUGUGUUAAUAUACAAUUUUUUUUUUCUUUCUGACUCACUUCGCUCUGUAUGACAGUCUCUAGGUCCAUCCAUGUCUCUAGAAAUGUCCCAGUUUUAUUGCUUUUUACAGCUGAGUAAUAUUCCAUUGUAUGUAUGUACCACAUCUUCUUUAUCCAUUCAUCUGUUGAUGGACAUUUAGGUUGCUUCCAUGUCCUGGCUAUUGUAAAUAGUGCUGCAAUGAACAUUGGAGUGCAUGUGUCUUUUUGAAUGAUGGUGUUCUCUGGGUAUAUGCCCAGUAGUGGGAUUGCUGGGUCAUAUGGUAGUUCUGUUUUUAGUUUU